AUGGCGUACGCAUACUAUUACGACAUCCCUCCUCCACUGGUGGAUCAUCCCCACGAGAGAAGUCACCAGCACCAGAACCUGCUCCAAUAUCUCGCUCGACGACCGCCUCAUCCUGAAACCCAUCCAAACCAGCCGGAUGUCGAUAUUCGUGAUGGAAUCUCAGAAUUCUUCGUCGAAGUCGAAGUACCCGGAACCAAAAAGCCCAGCGAGGUGACCGUGUCAUGGACGGGAUCACGUUCUCUUUUGCUGACCGGUAAUACGCUAAGACCAGACUAUGGCAAAGCCGAGAAUGCUGAAGUUGAGGAGGAGAAACCGAACCCUCAUUCUGGGGGAGUCCAUUUGCUUGUUGGCGAGAGGAGGGUCGGUCCUUUCAGGAGAUAUAUCAAUUUCCCCACGGACGUGGAGAAUGUCAGUGUGACAUUGGAGGCUGGGCUGUUGAAGAUUCGUGCACCCAAGAAAGGAUUCACAGAAGCAGCAGCUGCGAAGGUUGAUGUCCAGCAUGAGUGA